AGCCCAAAAUGGCACGACUAUUUCAUACUCUAUUCAAGACAUUGAGCAUACUGGCACAAGGCCGCACAACACAUAAGUCUACACGGCUAGCCAAUGCCCACCUUUAUCCCCAUUCCCCAUAAAUUUCUACGGAGUACAGAGUAGUUCAAUAAAAUGACGAGUGCGAGUGCUUGAAUGCUUGAAUGCUUGAUAGAGUAGACGAAAGAUGAAGGAAGAAAAAGGCAUGGAAUUCAAAACCACUCAAUUAUCAUUCACAAAUACUACUCCUAACUCCACCACCACCACCACGCCAACCACCUCCACCACCAAGCGCCUCCUCUUCGACCGCCGCUACGGUUGGGUAAUUGAUGAAUGGAAAAAUCCAUCUGAAGAAGCUCUUGCUGGUGGCCGUGGAAUGUUCUGCAUCGUCCCAAUUGCAAAAGGGUUGCUAGAAAUGGCCUCUAAUUCGAUAAGCGUCAUGGCAAAUUCUGCAAUUGAAUUUCUGGAAAGACGUGACCGCUUCAGUCCUCAGCAGUUGCAAGCCACAGUUGGCAAUCAGCUUCAGCAACUGGGAGCUUCUAUACAGAAACCAGGCUUAACCUUGUUAAAGUUUAAGGGGAAACAUUCAGGAAAUGAAAGUCUUCCCCUGAAUUUACACUUUUAAGAAACGGUCAUCACCACAAAUACUGACAUGGCUGCAGCCUUGCGGGUGGCUAGUUUGCUUGGGAGUAUUGACGCAGUAGCAACAGCGAAAAGCUAUGAGGCUAUGACCUGUGGCUUGAAAGUUGUGCCCGUCUGAAAGCUUUUGUAUGUGAGUUUCUUGAGUUAGGGUCGAAUAGGGGCUAAUGACCAACAAAGUUGAUGAUCGUUGUCAUAAAGAGCAUUUCUCAAGUUAGGGUCGAAUUUUGAAUAAUUGGGGUUGUAUUGUGGAUAGGCCAAUUACUCGUAUAUAUGGUGAAUAAAUUGUAAAAGGAAACAAAGUCCUUAAUAUAGACUUAUGGAGUAGAUUAUAAAAUGUCAAUGAUAUAUACAAAAUUCAAUUCAACUCUCACAGGUUAAUUUACCAA